UGAUGCAUCGUAGCCUCUUGGUAACACUAGCCUUCAUGGCAACGGUGUACGUGGCCGUGGCUGACAGUGGAUAUGGUGGACGCGGAGGCGGAAGUGGAGGCGGCCACGGUGGAGGAUUUGGAGGCGGAAACGGAGGUGGAUUCGGAGGCGGAAACGGAGGUGGAUUUGGAGGAGGAAACGGAGGUGGAUUCGGAGGAGGAAACGGAGGAGGAUUUGGAGGCGGCCACGGAGGUGGAUUCGGAGGCGGAAACGGAGGUGGAUUCGGAGGAAAUGCUGUCGGAGGAGGAUUCGGAGGUGGAAAUGGCGGUGCCGGAGGUUAUGGUGCUAAUGGCGGAGGCGGAGUGGGAGGAGGCAGUGUGGCUCCAGGAAUCCUCCUCGGAAGCGGAAGCCUCCCAAGUGCCGGUGGCUCGGGAGGUGCUGGCGGUUUCGGUGCGGGUAGUGGCGGUUUUGGCGGUGGAAAUGGCGGUUUUGGCGGAGGAAAUGGCGGAUUUGGUGGUGUGAGUGGCGGCUUCGGCGGUGGAAAUGGCGGUUUUGGUGGAGGAAAUGGCGGUUUCGGUGCAGGUAAUGGCGGGUCUGGCGGUGGCAGUGCUGGUGGCAGUUACGGAAGAAAAUAAAUGACUCGUUUGUUAUUUCGUUAAAGACAAA